AUGCCCCCAAAAGCUGGUGCGAAGAAAGCUAGUAAAGCUGGAAAGAGAGCUUCGGGUGACAAGAAGAAGAGGUCCAAAAGACGAAAGGAGAGCUACUCAAUUUACAUCUACAAAGUUCUCCGACAGGUUCAUCCUGAUACCGGCAUCUCAAGCAAGGCCAUGGGCAUCAUGAACUCAUUUGUAAAUGAUGUUUUCGAGCGAGUUGCCGGGGAAGCCUCUCGUCUAGCUCACUACAAUAAGAGAAAUACCAUCAGUUCUCGUGAAAUUCAGACGGCGGUACGACUUCUUUUGCCCGGUGAACUGUCCAAGCAUGCUGUGAGCGAGGGAACGAAGGCCGUGACCAAGUACACCAGUAGCAAGUAG